AUCCAGGCAGCGUGACGUCACGGCAUUUAGCAACCGGCGCGCGGAAGAAGCGGCGCGUUGUCGCUUUAUUUACCGGGAACAUUUUCCCAUUUGAGUCACUAUGGCUUCAGAUGACAUUGCUCAGCUGGCUGAUGCUCUCUCUAAGACCCAUGUUGGUGAUGGAGAGUUGAGCUACAAAGGCCUUGGACUGAAGCUUGACAAUGCAGAAUCAGCGGAGCAGCUGGCCCAAGACAUCAAGCAGUACCAGGGUUUGAGAGCUCUACGCCUAGAAGGAAACACUCUGGGAGUUGAGGCUGCCCAAGCCAUUGCAAAGGCUCUGGAGAACAAAGACAUGCUUCAGAGAUGCUACUGGAGUGACAUGUUCACUGGAAGACUACGCUCUGAAAUCCCACCAGCCCUGAGGUCCAUGGGGAGUGCAAUAUUGAGUGCAGGGGCCAGGCUGACUGAGCUGGACCUGAGUGAUAAUGCUUUUGGGCCAGAUGGUGUCAAAGGAAUCGAGCAGCUGCUUAAGAGCCCCUCCUGCCACACCUUGAGGGAGCUAAAGCUCAACAAUUGUGGUAUGGGGAUUGAUGGAGGAAAGAUCUUGGCUGAAGCCCUGAUUGAGUGCCACAGACAGUCAUCGUCUCUUGGAGCUCCACUUAGACUAAGAGUGUUUAUAGCAGGAAGGAACCGCCUGGAAAAUGAAGGAGCUGGCGCCUUGGCUAAGGCCUUUCAGCUGAUGGGCAGCCUUGAAGAGAUUCACAUGCCCCAGAAUGGAAUAAACUACUCAGGUGUGAUGGCGUUAGCUUCAGCCAUUCGACAUAACCCAGAGCUUCGAGUCCUCAACCUCAAUGACAACACUUUCACCAAGAAGGGCUCGCUGCCCAUGGCACAGGCUCUGAGGCAUCUCAGGAACAUCCAAGUGAUCAAUUUUGGUGACUGUCUGGUCCGUUCUGAGGGAGCUGUCGCCCUCGCUGCAGUCCUGAGGGAAGGACUGCCAAUCCUCAAGGAACUUAAUCUGUCAUUUGGUGAGAUCACUGAAGCAGCAGCACUAGUGGUGGCUCAGGCUGUUGCAGACAAAGCUGAUAUGGAGAAAUUGGAUCUAAACGGUAACUGUCUUGGAGAGGAGGGCUGUGAGGCUUUGAGAGAGGCUAUGGAGAACAUGAACAAAGGAGACAUGCUCGAGUCACUCAGUGAUGAUGAGGGAGAUGAGGAUGAUGAAGAUGACAGUGGAAACGAUGAUGAUGAUGAUGAUGACGAUGAUGAUGAUGUCAGUGAUGACUGCAAUGAAGAGAAUGAAGAGGGCAGUGAAAUCGCAAAGGAAAAUGGUAUAACAACAAAUGGAAAUAGUCCUGUUUCGCCUAACAGUCCUGCGGAGAUCACGUCGUUCCUCAGCUGCCCCUCUGCAGAACAGCUUCUCCAGCUGGGAGAGUUGAGGACAGACCUUCAGCAAGAGGUCGAUGCAUCUGAGCCACAGAAAGCUGCUGAUGUCAUUCUGAAAAUCAGUUCCCUAUACAGUGAAGAUCCCGAGACCAAGACCGCUGUUCUGGAUACUAUCGAUGCAAUGUUGAGGAAGCUCCUCUCUGGCUCCACUCUCCAGUCAUACUGCUUCCUCUCCACACUGCUGGUCAUGAUGGGACUACUCAAGGGAGAGGGGAAGACAAAAAAGGCUUUGCUGGUCCCAGGUCAGCUGCUAUGUUUGGAACAUGCUGUCCAGCAGGAAUACUUCCCUAAGCAUGAUGCCUCAUUGCUUCACAUCUUCCUGUCCAGGAACGGUGGGGUUCUCAAGUCAUGUGGCAGCGCCAGAGAGAGGCUGAGCUCUGCUUUGGAGAGGAGGUGCCAGGAUUAACAUUGAGUUAACUGACUCAGGGGCACACUCUGCACUCACAUUCAGUUUUUUUUACCUUUGAAAAACAAGCAGGGAUGGUUUUUUGGGGGGGGUUUCUAGUCAAAGGCCAAGUCCAACCACUGAUUUCUUCUCCUAACUUUCAUAUUCUAUGAAGGCUUCACAGAGACUGUCCAAGAAUGUCUUAAUUUUUAUUUUUCUACUUGUGUUUGUGACUUAUAUUUUUAUAGAAAAUAGAUACAAAUGCUUAAAAAAGAAAAAGAGUUCACAUCAAUUAGACUUGAGUUUAAUGUGUUUAAAAUGAUUAAUGACUGUAACCUGAAGUGAAGCGAACAUCCUACAUUUAGUAAUUAAUCGAGUUAAAAUUUAUAAAUUUAAAAAAAAUUUAAAAAAAAGACACAAAAGAAUUUAUUUCAGAAACAUGCUUUUAUAUCUGUGGAAAUCUCUGGGUUAACAUAUCAUCAGUGUUUCUGAAAUCAAUUGAGAAAUUUGUAGACGAGAUCCCACCAGUGUGGCAGACGCUGAUACAACUACUGAUUUUUGUGAAAACCUGGUUCAGGAGUGCUAAGACAGAUUGUGAUGCCAACAUUAUUAUAAUCUAUAAGUAAAAUAAAUUAAAAGGUGUUUUUUUAUGUAUUUGAAUAAAUUCUUUGAAGGGAAAGAAGAGCAACUUUAGGGAGAGUUUGUUUACUCACAGCUGUCAUUGUGCUGCUCAUAGGGACCAACCCAUACUGCAGGAUCAUCAUGAUCAGGGACCAGAAUCACUUUUAUUUGCAGUUUCUUAUACGACUUUAUGUUGCACAACGUCCUGUGUAUUACCUCAUAUAGCUCUGUCUGUUGGUGGUAUUAUGAGAAUGGAAUAUAGUAUUUAGAUCACCUGUUUGAUUGUGGAUCUAUUCCUUGAGGAUAACUUUGGUUUACCUUAUUGGUAAUUUGUACCAAAUGUUCUGUCUUAAAUAUAGUUCAUCUAACAA